CCAUGUGUUGAUGGUUGCGGAAGAACCAAACACCUCAACGGCACCGUUUCAUAUGAGCACCGCUUCGCACGUUUCUUCCAUCUCUCUGAUCACGUGAUCGUCGUCUUCUUCAGAUCUUUAUCACUUUCUUCCCGGAGAAAUUUUUUGCCCUAAAUCACUUUCCCGGGAAAAUCAAACUCUGGGAAAGAAAAAUGUCACAAGGCGAUACAGUACCGCUUCAUCCAUCGUCUCAAUCAGACAUCGACGAGAUCGAGAAUCUGAUUAACGAAAGCGUCCAAUCAGGUCCCGGAACCGUUCUCGCCGCUCGUCCACCGAGCCCAACCAGACCGUCGAUUCCAGUUUCUUCUUCUUCUCCGUUUAUGCAAUCGAAUCUCCCACCGCUACAUCCGUCGUCAUCAGCUCAGAAAGUGACACCUGUCCCCGUUCCUCCGCCUCUUCCGGCGGUAAGUAAUUCCAGCAAUUUCCAAGGAGCGAGUGCGUUUGGAUCUCCGCCUAAUACGUUGACGGAGCCUGUGUGGGAUACUGUGAAACGAGAUCUGUCUCGGAUUGUGAGUAAUUUGAAGCUUGUGGUGUUUCCUAAUCCGUAUAGAGAAGAUCCUGGGAAGGCUCUUAGAGAUUGGGAUCUUUGGGGUCCGUUUUUCUUCAUUGUGUUCUUGGGAUUGACUCUUUCAUGGUCAGCUUCCGUUAAGAAGUCCGAGGUAUUUGCAGUUGCAUUUGCACUAUUAGCAGCCGGGGCGGUGAUCCUUACACUAAAUGUGCUUCUCCUGGGUGGACAUAUAAUCUUCUUCCAAAGCUUGAGCCUUCUAGGUUACUGUUUAUUUCCGCUAGACGUUGGAGCCGUGAUCUGCAUGUUGAAAGACAAUGUGAUACUGAAAAUGGUAGUUGUGUCUGUAACCCUUGCCUGGAGCUCAUGGGCUGCUUACCCCUUCAUGAGCGCAGCGGUUAACCCAAGAAGAAAAGCACUCGCUCUAUACCCCGUCUUCCUCAUGUAUGUAUCAGUCGGUUUCCUCAUCAUCGCCAUCAAUUAAAUCCGAUUUUGAGAAAAAGGAAAUCAUCACGGGUAUCUCUGAAAUCAGUUUGGAUAGAAAGUUCUCAUACAUAUACCAACCAUUCUAAGUUCUGAUGAUCAUGUAUAAACAUGUUCUUUUACACUUUUUUGGUUUUGGUUCAAAGGAGAUUCUCAUUUGUAUGUGCCCCGCUCUCUCUGUAUUAAACUUACAUUUAUAUUUUUUGACAUGUCAAUGAUGUCAUACAAAGUUGUUAGCUA